AUGACGGAAGCAGCGGUGGGCCAUCGAAUCAAUCCGUUCUCAAUCCAUCGCAGCAGCCAUGGAGACGGUGAUGAUGAGCCGUGGACGACAGCCGGCAUGCCCGGAAUGAUCCGCAAUCGCAUCCAACCGAUGAUAAUCUUAGGCGGUGUGGAGAAACGCCAAGCGGCCGGCGUGGCCAAGCGCAUGAAAAAGGAACGCAACGAGAAUAAGAAGAAGAAGAAGAUGGCCGUCAGGUUUGGACGGUGCAUUAAUGCGACCAAUAUCCCGCCGACUUUCGGCGCCCACCUGCGCGAUUUUAUGCACGCCACGUCCAUGCACGGCUUGAAGUACGCGGCCGAAAAGGAGGCCUCCUGGAUAGAAAGGUUUCUAUGGAUUGCCCUUUUCCUGGCCUGUUUCUGCACAGCUGUUUUCUUCAUCAUGCGCAUGUGGUCCAAAUGGGUUUCAUCGCCUGUUAUUAUUUCGGUGGAAUCGACCGAUUUCCCGAACUCGCAAAUCAAUUUCCCGACCGUUUCCAUUUGCAACGUCAAUCAAGUGUCUAACGCAAUUGUUUUAAGUUUAAUCAGCUCCAAGUUCUAUCGUGAUGCCAAUAUGAGUCGGGCCAACGUGCUCGACCUGCUGGGUGGUCUGAUGAGAGGAGGCGUUCCCGAUAGCGGUGAAGAUUAUCUAACGCAACUCGAGGAUAGCAUUCACAUCGGCAAUCUAACGUCGGCCAACUUGACUUUCUUCAUGCGGAACGUGGCACAGCCGUGCUCGCAGAUGUUGCUCUAUUGCGAGUGGCAGAGUAAGUCGGUCAACUGUUCCGAAAUAUUCCAGCUCGUGCCGUCCAAUCAAGGCUUCUGUUGUGUGUACAAUCUACAAACGGUUCAUCUUAAUAGGAAAAGGAACAGGGCCGUUCCGGUCGGCCAGCAACCCGUCAAGGCCUACGGUGAGGGCGUCCAAAUGGGACUGACGGUCCUGUUGGAUGCCCAAAUCGAUGACUACGCACUUACUUCAUCCUUUUUCCACGGAUUCAAAGUGCUAAUCCAUCAUCCGGAAGACCAACCUGAUCCGUCGACAAAGGGUUUCGCGGUAUCGCCGGGUAAUGAGGUGUACGUUGGUGUUACUGCCUCGUCCAUUUUCAGCACGGAAGACGUUCGGCUAUUGGCUCCGACUGCACGCAAUUGCCGCUACAACAACGAGAACACUUUAAACUAUUUUUCCCGCUACAGCCAAUCGAAUUGCUUAAUGGAACGUAUGGCGAAAACCAUCGUCCGGCAAUGCGGUUGCCUUCCCUUCUAUUUUCUAGUCGGUGACGAAGCUACUCCCACCUGCCGUUACAAAAAGAAACCAUGCGUUCAAUCAGCUUUCCAUGAUUUCUAUAAGAAGGAUGUCCACUGCCCGGUGAAUUGCAACACAACGUCUUACUCUGCAGACAUUUCACGCGGUCAAUUUCCUAAUGGCGAUUUCGUGUCGUCCCGAAUGGCUCGUGACAUUAAUCCGAACAUCAUCUCAAACGGAUCUUAUUUACAAAACAACGUGGCUCUUGUGCACGUCUUCUUUCGCGAUCGUAGCGGCAUCCAGUAUCGGAGGGACGUUCGUUACGAAUGGCAAGAUUUCGUCUCCGCUGUUGGAGGUUUACUGGGCCUUGGAGUGGGUUUCAGCCUCUUGAGCUUAAUGGAGAUCCUCUAUUUUUGUGGUUUGCGGUCCUGUCUACGACGUAAGCGCGCUUUUCUAGCUCCGGCACCUGUUCACCCUUUGAAUACAGUUAAAUUUGAUGUUAAGAAAUGCCAUCUACGGCUCCACACAUGAAUUCUAUACCGAAA